CGUUAGCUAGCUGGUUAGCACAGCAUGUUGUGUAGCGUGGAACCAGUUGGAGCAGAGUGUUGCUCCACCGCGAGAACACCUGUUCGGGUAGCAGCUGGUCGUCUGAUGGAGGCCAUGGAGGUGGACUCCCAUGCGGAGACAGAGGGAGGAGGCAGCAGACAGCCAGAUGUUACUGCUCCAGCUCCAGGCCAGGCUGACGACGCCAACGGACCACAUGUCAUUUCAGACUCUGGCAGCAGCACUGAGGUGGAUGAAGAUGAUGAUGACAAUGAAGCAGGACGAGCAGCAGCUCGGGCACCUUCCAGGCUCCCUGCAACCUGGGCCUUUAGCCAGAGGGCAAUAGGCAGGGCUGCAGCUAUGCAACCUGCAGCUCAGGGGGCACCCAUACGCAGGAGACUCAGGCACGGCCUUCAGGUCCACUACCCCAGCCAGACUGCAGCACCCUCCAGAGGCUUCCCAGAUUUCCUGCUCCGAGUGCCAGCUGCCAGCAGGGCCGAGCCUGAGUCCGGCAGCACCACAGAGGUCAGUGACUCUGAUGAGGAGGCCGAAGCGCAGGUAGAAGGGGAUGAAGGAGGUGUAUCUGCCCCUGUGUUGCCUGGUGACCCCGCCCCGCCUGCCAGCCCUCGCCUCAGUGCCUCUGUGCAGCACACACAACCACAGAACGCCGGCUCAACUGACUCCAGUUCAGCUGCAGACAGUGAGAGGACAGAAGCCCCAGAUCAGGGUGUCCAGUCGGCUGUUGCAGCCCCAGCUUCCAUCCCAUUGGCUCACAGCGAGGAGGGUGAAGGGGACACCUGCACCAUCUGCUUCGAGGUGUGGACGACGGCGGGCGAGCACCGGCUCUCCGCCCUGCGCUGCGGACACCUCUUCGGCUUCACCUGCAUCCAGCGCUGGCUGAGAGCUCAGGGGUCAGCCGCUAAAUGUCCGCAGUGCAACAAGAAGGCGAAGCGCUCCGACAUCGUGAGGCUGUACGCCCCAAAGCUGAGAGCGCUGGACAACUCUGAGCAGGAGAGCUUAAAGAGGUCUCUGGAGCAGGAGCAGUCUCUGAGGAGGAAAGCUGAACUGGAGUCGGCUCAGUACAAAGUCAAACUGCAGGUCGUCACCAGCCAGUAUGGUCAAGUGCAACAAGAGCUUCAGGAGCUGAAGACUCUGAUGGCGCAGACCGGUAGAAGCUCAGUUCCCUCCUCAUCCUCAGGGUCGAUCUCGCACCUCUUUGGUCUCUCUCAGCGGGCCAACAGCUCCAGGGCCACCCACUACAGCUUCUCCAAGGCAGUCUUGGUGUGUCCGGCUGGAGGCUGCAGGGUCUUAUCGUACUGUGAACCAGUGAGUUGCCUACUGGCCUCGCAGCCUUCCCCCCACUCAGCACUGGUGCCUGGGUAUGGGGUGAAGAAGGUGAGUGUGGUGAGCACGAAGACGAGUCAGUAUAUUCCCAUCCACAGCAAGCAGAUCAGAGGUCUGUCCUUCAACCGACAGAACGACAGCCUGCUGCUGUCCGCGGCCUUGGACAACACCAUCAAGCUGACCAGUCUGCUGACCAACACAGUGGUUCAGACCUAUAACACAGGUAGACCCGUGUGGAGCUGCUGCUGGUGUUUGGACAAACCUCAUUACAUCUAUGCCGGUCUAAACAAUGGCUCGGUGCUUGUCUACGACACCAGAGACACGAGCACACACAGCCAGGAGCUGGAGCCGCUACGCUCCAGGUGUCCGGUUGCAUCUCUGUGCUACAUCCCUCGGGCGGCAUCCAGCUCAUUCCCCUGUGGCGGGCUGAUAGCCGGCUCUCUGGAGGGCGGCUGUUUCUGGGAGCAGGUCAACGACGUCACAUACAGACGUCACAUCCUGCCACUGGAGACAGGCGGCUGCACCGACAUCCAGGGGGGGGUCUGGUCACGUACAGGCCAGGUGAGAGCCAGGCCCUGGCGCUCCAGCCCGUCCCUGCGCUGUGUCCUGAUGGCUCUGAACCGGGUCCCUCCACAGCACUCGGACCAGCUGCCCAGCUGCUCCUUCUCUCCGGUGCAGACAUUCAGCGCUGGCUCAUCCUGCAAACUGCUCACCAAGAACGCUGUGUUCCAGAGUCCAGACGGAGGGAGGACUCUGGUCUGUGCUGGGGACGAGGCCUCCAGCUCCACCAUGGUGUGGGACGCAAGCAGCGGCUCUCUGCUCCAGAAGCUUCCAGCUGACCUCCCAGUGCUGGACAUCAGUCCGUUCAAGGUGAACAGCGAACACUUCCUGGCUUCGCUGACAGAGAAAAUGCUGAAGCUAUACAGAUGGGAGUGAAUGAGGAAGACUGUGUGUGUGAUGUGUGAGCCGCUGGUUUCAUCCAGAACCAGGAGAAGGACGUGCACAGUUCCAGAGCUCAGCAGAGAACGCAGACUGGGUUGGAACUAAAAUGCUGCUAAACAUUUGUCUGUACGUUUACACCCAGCAGAUCUCUGAAUCCUGGAAGAGAUCAACCGGGGGAAACAUUUCAGAUUCUUCAUUAUUACUUUGGAUUUCUUUUAACCACGAGUCUACAUUAUGUCAUCUGGUGAUCUUUGACCUUUACACAAAGCCAGUGGAAGCCUUUGCCAGGUGUGUGUGUUCACUGGACACGCUGAGGUUCUUCUGAACCAUGCUCCCAUUCAGAGUCACUGGAACUGAUGAAGAUGAAGAAGGCCUUUGUUUUGGUCUGAGCGGGGUUCUCUGGAGGAGCAAAUGGUGUCAGUCGUGCAGCUGAAGGACCAACAGUGUGUUUGCAGGUUUCUGUCUCACAUUUCACUUGUUAGCUUGAAAAAGGGCUGGUUUCAUCUCUGAUCAGGUUUGUACUUAUUUUGGUAACUGUUACAUUCCUGUUUAUUAAUUUGAAAACCCUGGGCCACGCUACACCACGGCCCUGGGCCGACCUCUGUAUUGGCAGGUAUCAGCCGAGUUUUUUUCUUUAUCACAGGUAUAUUGGUACAAGCCUGUGUCAGUAAUAAAUGGCAGAUGUGUUGGAGGUAAUUCAGAGACCAUCUCUCCGUUACUUAGUUUGUUCACGAGAGAGCUGACAGGUUUAUUUUUACAGUGUAAAAUGGCCCUCAGUAUCAGUUCCACUCCACUCACAACUCAGAUGUAAGUGACCAGAAGAAAUUCAAACCUGUUCACUGUGAUGGAUAACACACCAUCUUUUAUAGCAUGCAUUAAUGAGUAGAAACUAGUAGAAACCUAGACAAAGAUUUCUACAAAACAGAUCUCCUGAUGUGAGUUGAAAUCAUUUGUAGUCAAAGGGCUGAGCCAUGCAGAGCCUCAGGUUUGGUUCUCCCUGCAGCUAGUGUGCGCUGAGCAUCUUCACAUGUUCCUGAUCAUACAAUCACCUUUGAGGUUUGCUUCCCUCAGCCCAUGCAGCCGGUGACAUAUGAGACUUGACUCUUGCUGCAGAUGUCAUUAUUGAUGCAUCAGGCAAAGCAUGAGUCGUUAGCAGGUAGGAAAUUAAAAUGUUCAGCAACAUUUUAAGAUUUGAGACAUGGCAGCUGAAGAUGAAUCUUGGACUGGGGGAAACAGAUUCUUGCUUUAAGUCCACACUUGCCCAAAGUCUGUGAUUAGGAGGUGAUUCCAUGCUGGUGCAGUUUGAAAAUAUCUGUUUGCAACAGCAUCACCAGACAAUGAGAUAAAAAUGGCUGAAUGUUCACUGUGAGCAAACUUCAUCUGAAAGUGGUGGUGUGAUCUGGAAUGUGGGCGACUGUCCUGAAACAUGUUCAUGGUUUGCAGACACUGGGCUGAAACAUGCCAGACCACUGGUCAGUCCUUUGUGAUCCUGGUCAGGGAACAGACCAGAUUUCAGGCUUCUCUCCAAAAGCAGUGAGAGGGCGAGAGGAAGACAUGUCAUUGCUGAAAAAGGCUCACAGUCACAUGACUCUGAGUUUUACCUGUGGUCUGUGGGUUUCUUGUUGUGGUCUGAAACACUGAAAUUGUGCCUGUAGACAAAACAUAAGAUGCUUCAGAUUCUCAAGAGCAGCUUGUAGAAAUCGGGCAAAGCGACAUUGUGUCCUCAGACCUCAGCUACAUUACACCCAGUUUUUAUUACUUCCUGAUCUACAGCUUGUCCUUUUUUUAUUGUUUUGCUUCAUUUUGUUUAAACAACACAUUGAGGCACAGGAGCAGUUAGCUGAGUGUUUAUCCUCCUCCCCUCCUUUUGAACAUGUGGGAUUUUGUUUAGAUUUUCAUUGUCCUCACAGAGUGAACGGUCUCGCUGUGGGUUAUUAACAUCGUCCAGAUUUGUUUUCUCUUCUGAACCGGAACAAAGUGCCAAAGGACUCUGCUGCUGCCGCCACUGUUGUUACUCAUUUUUGCUUUGUCUUUCUAAAGAACGUUGUGUGUACAUUUGUUACCAGCUGUUUCUGUACAACGUAAAAGUUAAUUAAAAUUGAGUUAUUUUUAA